GGGUUUGGUGUAACACUGAGUCAGAUCCAAAAUGGCGGCAGUUGCACAGGCCCAGCAGUAAAACAGCGAGUGAAUGAAAUCAGCUGAUCACAGCCUGCUGUCACGAAUCGCAGCAAUCAUCGUUUCUGUUCAGAGGCAAGACACAAAGUCACCACUUUAUAAACACAAGUCAAACUAAUCCUGCAAUGAUGGACAUGUCCAAGCUGCCUAGGAUCAGGGAUGAGGACAGAGAGAGUCAGUUUGGAUAUGUUCACGGAGUCUCUGGACCAGUGGUGACGGCCACAGCCAUGGCGGGAGCAGCCAUGUAUGAACUGGUUCGUGUGGGACACAGUGAGCUGGUGGGGGAGAUUAUCCGUUUGGAGGGAGACAUGGCCACCAUCCAGGUCUAUGAGGAGACGUCUGGUGUGUCUGUUGGAGAUCCUGUACUUCGGACAGGGAAACCCCUGUCUGUAGAGCUGGGUCCAGGAAUCAUGGGAUCCAUCUUUGACGGUAUCCAGCGUCCUCUAAAGGACAUCAAUGACAUGACACAAAGCAUUUACAUCCCCAGAGGUGUAAACAUCGGAGCCUUAAACAGAGACCAGAAGUGGGAGUUUUCUCCAGACAGGAACCUGCGGGUUGGCAGUCACAUCACAGGAGGGGACAUCUAUGGGAUGGUGUAUGAGAACUCCCUUAUCAAGCAUAAGAUCAUGCUGCCUCCCAAAAACAGAGGAACCGUGACCUACGUGGCUCCUCAUGGAAACUACGACAUCACUGACGUGGUGAUGGAGCUGGAAUUUGAAGGAGUGAAGGAAAAGUUCACCAUGGUACAGGUGUGGCCCGUCAGACAAGUUCGACCUGUCACAGAGAAGCUGCCGGCCAAUCACCCACUGCUGACGGGGCAGAGGGUGCUCGAUGCUCUUUUCCCAUGUGUGCAGGGAGGAACAACGGCCAUCCCAGGAGCCUUUGGCUGUGGAAAAACCGUCAUCUCCCAGUCCCUGUCUAAGUAUUCCAAUAGUGAUGUCAUUAUCUACGUAGGCUGUGGCGAGCGUGGAAAUGAGAUGUCAGAAGUUCUGCGGGAUUUCCCUGAGCUGACCAUGGAGGUGGAUGGCAAGACUGAGAGCAUCAUGAAGAGAACAGCACUGGUGGCCAACACCUCUAACAUGCCUGUGGCUGCAAGAGAAGCUUCCAUCUACACAGGAAUUACACUGUCUGAGUACUUCAGAGACAUGGGGUACAAUGUGAGCAUGAUGGCCGACUCCACCUCCCGUUGGGCCGAGGCUCUCAGAGAAAUUUCGGGUCGUCUGGCUGAGAUGCCUGCUGACAGCGGUUAUCCUGCCUACCUUGGCGCCCGUCUUGCCUCCUUUUAUGAGCGUGCUGGAAGGGUGAAGUGUCUGGGUAACCCUGAGAGAGAGGGUAGCGUCAGUAUUGUAGGAGCUGUAUCGCCUCCUGGUGGUGACUUCUCAGACCCUGUUACUUCAGCCACUCUCGGUAUUGUACAGGUGUUCUGGGGUCUGGAUAAGAAGCUUGCUCAGAGGAAGCACUUCCCUUCUGUGAACUGGCUGAUCAGCUAUAGCAAGUACACUCGUGCUCUGGAUGAAUAUUACGACAAGCACUUCCCUGAGUUUGUGCCCCUGCGCACCAAGGCCAAGGAGAUCCUGCAGGAGGAGGAGGAUCUGGCUGAAAUUGUGCAGCUUGUUGGAAAGGCAUCACUUGCGGAAACAGAUAAAAUCACCUUGGAGGUGGCCAAACUGAUUAAAGAUGAUUUCUUGCAACAGAAUGGUUAUACUCCUUAUGACAGGUACUGUCCCUUCUAUAAGACUGUAGGUAUUCUUUCCAACAUGAUAGCUUUCUACGACAUGGCACGGCACGCGGUGGAAACCACAGCUCAGAGCGACAACAAGAUCACCUGGGCCAUGAUCAGGGAGCACAUGGGCGAAAUCCUGUACAAGAUCAGCUCCAUGAAGUUUAAGGACCCCAUGAAGGAUGGAGAGGCUAAGAUUAAGGCGGAAUACACACAGCUGUUGGAAGACAUGCAGAACGCGUUCCGUACGCUGGAGGAGUAGGCUCACACUCCUUCUUACUUUUGUUCUCUGACCCCCUCCACUGCAGAAUCACAUUCCACCUCCUUGUAUUCCCAAAUUCCGUGUACUCCUCUGUGUGCGUGUAUGUGUAAUGGAGUGUCUGUAACGUAAGCAUGUGGAGGCAAAAGAGAAAGAUGUACUGUAUUUGACGAUUAUUGUUGCCUCAGAGGCCUCCUCUAGAUCCUCUGCCUGCUCACUGAUUGCGUGUUUAACGUCUGUAUGAAAGAUUGAACUCUUUACACUGUUUUCUUUAUCGAUCUGUUUACACUGUUCCCGUCUGUAGCCAUGUUCCUGAUGAUUGUUCAUUUGUUGUAAUUCAUAGACCAUCUGUACAGAAGAGUAUUGAUUAUAAAUUUAAUGAGAUCAGACUAUUUAUUGCCAGCAUUUUGUUGUGAACUUUGUCGUUCCUCCUUUUUGUUUUUAUGGUGGUUUUCAUGUUGUGUGGUCUUAUUGUGUAUUUGCCGUGCGAAUGUGUGAAAGUUGGACUUCGAUGCUCAGCUGUCCAGUACUUUUCAUCAUGUUACUCCCAAAGAAUUAAAAAUACGGUGAAUAAACCAUGA